AUGGGUAUACUGCUUGGUGCUGCAGUUCUACUCCUGGCAACCUGGCAACGGUUGACAGCAAGGAGCGCCAGGACUGAGAAAGAGCGGCCCACCACCGACGAGGACGUUCAACGAGAUGUUGAUGCAGUCUCACUGGGAGAGGCGCUGGACGCAGAGGCUGCCUUGCAGCAGAGAAGCAUAGCGGAUCAGCUACAGGUUCGGAUUGAUCAGGCACAGGCGCGGAUUCUGAAAGCUCCAACAGAGCUCAGGGCAAGGAUUGUCAAAGAGGAGGUGCAAAACUUGAGGGCUCUGCGGCAGAUGGCGUCAGAACUGUACAGCUAUAAUGCAAUGAGCUUGGAAGCAGAGGAGAUGCGCGCGCAGCUGGCCGGCCUCAAGCUGAGACAGACCCCGGACACCCCUGCCGCAGCAGAGAGCACAGACGCUCCUUCUAAAACUGCAAGUAUAGAUGACAGCACGCUGGAACAGCGCAGAGAGUCUGGCGCAGCUGCAAGCUCCAGCGAUAGCUUUGAGGACAGUGCUGGUGCAGAAGGGGCAUUGGCCUCACCACACACGGUAGUGACAGAUGAGAGGCAGCGCGAGGGAGAGGAAGUAGCAGAGCUUGCCAGCCGCAUGUGGAAUGGCGCAGCAGAGGAAGAGCCGCACAUGAUGAACGGGAAGAGCAUGAACGGGCAUUACGCAGAACGACCAGAGAUGGAGAUAGUUGAGACAGUGGUAGGCGCAGAGGAGGCCAGCAUCACACAGCUGGAGCUGCUGGCAGGAGGCAUCAACCUGCCUCACCCGGCGAAGGCUUCGACGGGGGGCGAGGAUGCAUUCUUCACCAGCACGGCCUUCUGCGGCGCUGUGGGCGUUGCAGACGGCGUCAGCGGCUGGGCGAAAGACGGCGUGAACGCUGCCCUGUACUCCAGGAAGCUGAUGCGCCACGCGCAGGAGGGAGUGGAGAUGGGGCUGGGGUCUGAGCAGGGGGCGAUGGGUGUCUUGAAGCAUGCCAAUACCCACACCAAUGACACAGAUGGAUCCACCACUGCCGUGGUGGCUGUCAUGCACCCGCCCAAUGUCUGUGAGAUCGCCAGCGUUGGCGACAGUGGCUUCCGCUUGAUCCGCCAGGGCGACUGCAUCUUUGCCAGCGAGGCCCAGCAGCACAGCUUCAACUGCCCCUUCCAGCUGGCGUCCCAGGUGCGCUGGCCCGAGGCGGACUCCCCGGACGACGCAGAUGUGUACGAGGUAGGCCUGCUGCCAGGCGACAUCCUGGUGCUGGGCAGCGACGGCCUCUUCGACAACAUGUGGGACUCCCAGCUGGAGAGCAUCGUCCGGGAGCACAUCAAGGCGCAGCCGCACAGGACGUCAUUCACAGCAGAGGCGCUGGCGCGCACGCUGGCGCAGGCGGCGCGCAAGAAUGCAUUGGAUGACCGCUACCGCUCGCCCUUCAUUGUGGAGGCGGCCGCGGCGGGCGUGCUGCCGAUUUGGAAGCGCUGGCAGCCGCGCGGCGGCAAGCUCGAUGACUGCACCGUUGUUGUUGUAUUUGCGCAGCCCGUGCAGGCCCGGGAUGAUAAGCGCAGCCAGGCGCCACCCUUCCCGGUGUCUGCUGCUGCGUGA